UGUUUUCCUCUCUGCCGCCAGGGAAGCGAAGGGAGAACAGUGGCUUCUCUGGCUGCCUCUGCAGGAAUCCGGAUAUGAUGAAAAUGUUUCAGACCUGGAACAACGGCCACUGCAAACUUUUCCCGCUUGAAAUAAAAAGAAGAGAAAGUUAGAGGCGACGUUUUGGGACUCGCUCGUCCGCUAGGAAGGAGGAGGAUGGGGAGAAGUCAGAUUUGAGGAGUUGACAUGUUUGAAAGCGCGAAAGGUCGAGGAUAGAAGAGGGGGACUACUUCUGUGGUGUGUUUUUGUCCCCUUGAAGAAGACUGUCUCAUGUCCAAGGAGGCUGUCCAUCCUUCAGACGGGCCGGCGGGGCCAGAAAACGGCCCCCGGCGAGAGGCAAGUCCCCUGCUGUCAGUGUCACACGAUGCUUGUGACAGUGAAUCAUCAGAAAAUGCAUCGUCUCCCAGGAAACCAGCAGCAGAAGGACAAAGUCAUGUGACCGAUCAGAAGCCUAAUUAUUGCGAGCCUGUAAGAACCCAACCGCGGUCUGAGUCUGAUCUGAAGCCAGCGCCCUCUGAGGCGGCAGAUGGAGGCGCUGCCAAGGACCAAAAUGGCUUUCACCACAGCAGUGCUGGCGCGCCCUCAAUGAGUAAUGGCAAUGGCGUCCACCCUGGCGUCAGCAGCCCAGGGACAUGCACCUGCGGCUCCAUGAGAACCACAAGCGGGUCGGGCCCCGGAACCAGCAUGGCGGCAGCCACGCCAACGACGCAGCAGCCCAGGAGGCAAUCGUCCGUGCCUGUGUCGCACAGGGUGCAGAGGAAACUCAGGUCUAGCUUGUCAGUCAACAGUGACAGCAGCAGACAAAGCAAAAGCAGCUACACAGGAUCCCAGAAGCCCCCUCUACCAGAGGACUGCUGCGUUCACUGCAUCUUGGCCUGCCUUUUCUGCGAGUUCCUGACGCUGUGCAACAUGGUGGUGACCCAGGCCUCGUGCGGCGCGUGCACAUCAGAAGCCUGCUGCUGCUGCUGUUGCACCGACGACCUGGGGGACGACUGCAGCAGCCCCUGUGACAUGGACUGCGGCAUCAUGGACGCCUGCUGCGAGUCCUCCGAUUGUCUGGAAAUCUGCAUGGAAUGCUGCGGCAUCUGCUUUCCCACAUAGGGAUGGAGCAAAAUAGACCUGGAAUGGAGGAUUUGAUUUUUAACUGAAGGAAACUUCUGUUGUUACUUUGAAUUCAGCAAGAGGAGGAACACGUGUGUUUGUGUUUGAGUGAAAGUUGAAAUGUGAGUUUGCUGUUUGUUGACACUGGGCUUCUCAAUCCAAACCAGCUCAGCACGUAAUACAAGUGAAGUCUUCCUCUUCCAAUUAUUUAACCAAGUCCAGGAAAAGAAUAUUAUCACAACUUCUUUUUAAGGGUUUAAGUCAGGAUUACUGUUUAGUUUCAUCUCAUCUUGCCUUUUUGUUUUCACUUUAGUUGACUGAUGAACAUUCCAAGUAUGGUCUGCCGUUGAAUGCUCUAAAACUACGGUUGUUAGUGCUGUACAACACUGUAAAUUGUUUGUGAUGUCUAAAACACCCACAGUUCCAUGCCAUAACUGAACAGACUUCCACUCACACUUAUCUACUGAAGGGUAGCAUAAGCUGGUACAAUUUAAAAUGACAUUACCGUACGGCUGAGAAUACUGUUUUCUGGAACAAAUGGAUUUUACUUUACUUUUUUAAGCAAAUCUGUUAUUACAGAAUAAACUUGCACACAAUUAGUUGAUAAGUUUAUAAAAAGAGUCAUCUCCGUUUUUAGUAAUGGUCCUACUGGAAAUGAAGCCAAAUUUUCUCACAAAACUGGAUGAAAUUCUGCAGUAAAACGUAGUGUGUGUAUAUUGUUUUACAUGGAUUUUUGUCCUUUUAUUGCCACCCAUACGUUCUGUCUUCUGGACAUGGUACAAGUCUUUUCUGUGAUGCUAUUUUCAGCUUGUUUUGUGUAAUUGUUGGGCUGUUCAUCAGGACAGUGAUGAGAAAUUAAAAACUGGUGACCCUAGUUGGCAUUUAAGCAGCUUUUGGGUGUCAACGCUCAGUCACUAACUUAUAAAAAGGAAAUGUAAAAUGGUAAACCAAAGCCUGGAAACAGCUUUUUUUCUGUUUCUUAAUUCUGUGCAUCUCGAGAAAGCCGUUGGUGAGUCACCAGCCGAGUCAUUUUCUUGUCUUGGAGAUCCACUUUGAUGUUGUUUAAGCGAUGAUACUUAACGCUGGCCCUCAUUAGCACUGCUUACUAAAUGGCAGCAGAAAAACUGUCCCUUUCUAAAGCCAUCAAAGAUGAUGUGCUUUUAAGCACAGUUCAUCUUCAUAGCACAAUGUUACAGGGAUUGUUGGAUAGAUCCGUCUUCAUGCGAUGGUUUGCAGAAAACAAAUCUCAUUUUAACGUUUAUGAUUAGCUUAAACCACAAGCUCUACGGGCCUAAGAGUCAAGAAAAAACACAAAAUGUGAAUAAUAGGGGAAACAAGGUAAUUUUUUUCUUUUGCUUUAUUGUUUUUGUUCAAUCAUUUCAUUCUAUGCAUAACUGCUUUGUUUAAAUGCCUUAUUUGAUUAGUUUUGCACAAUAUAUAGAGUUUUAAGGAAAAUUAAAUGAAAUGUUAAAAAUUU